AUCUACAGACGCUCCGAUUUGGUUGGUGCCAACCAUAUUGGAACCGACAUGGCAACCAUUCCGACAUUGCUACAGAUUGUCCGACGGUUGGCCUUCCAGCUGUCAGUUGACCAUAGAGUUAAUAUAAUAUAUGCAGUUGACUUUGUUAUGAAGUAGUGAACGGACGUCUUGCCUCAUGCCACCGGUAUUAUCGAAAAAUGCUAAAAUAGCGUUGGUUGCAGCAACCAUUGUUGCUACAGCACCGCUGCAAAAGGAACAAAGGAAAAAACGAAGAGAAUGGGCUAAAUUCUACUAUAGAAAUAGAGAAAAUUACAGUCAUAUGCGGCUCCUUAAGGAAUUGGAUGAUGAAGAUUUCCGAACAUAUCUUCGAAUGACUCCAGAAUCAUUCGAUGAAAUAUUAAAUCUUUUGAAAAGAUAUAUAGCGAAAACCGAUACAGUUAUGAGGCAAGCUGUAACUGCCGAAGAAAGAUUAGUGGCAACUUUAAAAUAUCUCGCGUCAGGAAGAGAAUAUAAUGAUCUUAAAUUAAGCACAUGUAUAUCACCACAACUACUGUCUGAGAUAAUACCAGAGACCUGCGAAGCUAUCAUUAGAGUACUCAAAGAUUACCUAAAGGUUCCUGAAACAGAAAAUGACUGGUUACAAAUAGCUAAAGACUUUGAAAUAAAAUGGCAAUUUAAUCAUUGCUUGGGUGCUAUUGACGGCAAACAUGUUAUUAUCGAGAAGCCGCCAAAAUCGGGUACACUGUACUAUAAUUAUAAGGGAACUUUUAGCAUAGUCCUGCUUGGUAUUGUGAAUGCAAAUUACGAGUUUAUUUAUGUAAAUAUAGGUUCUAAUGGCAGUAUUUCUGAUGGUGGAGUAUUCAAACAUACAACUUUUCAUGAAAAAAUGAAAUCGAACCAACUAAAUUUACCAUCACCUUCUAUUUUACCGCAAUCAAAUGUUAUCGCCCCAUAUUGUUUUGUGGCAGAUAAUGCAUUUGCCAUUAAUGAAAAUCUUUUAAAACCAUAUCCAAGAAGAAAUUUGACACAUGAUCAAAGAAUUUUCAAUUAUAGACUCUCCAGAGCAAGAAGAAUUGUAGAAAAUGCAUUUGGUAUUUUAGCUGAACGUUUUAGAGUAUUAAAAAGACCAAUUCAAAUUAAUGUUCAUAAUGUACCCAAAGUUGUAAUGGCUUCAUGCACACUGCACAAUUAUUUAAGAAAAAAGUCAUCAAACUAUAUAACAAGAAAUUGUGUUGAUACCGAGGAUACUGAAACAUGUACUUUUCGGCCAGGAGACUGGAGAUUAAAUGACAACUUAGUAGGCCUUAACAGAACAGAAAGGCAACGUACUGCAGAUGGUAAUUCUGUUAGACAAAUAUUCACUGAAUAUUUUAACAAUCAGGGCCGGGUACAUUUUCAAGAAAGAAUGAUUAAUACUAUGAAUAUUUAAAGCUUACCUCAUCAUUAUGUGACUGGGAAGAAUCCGUCUCCAUAUUAUCAAUAACCUCUGUCGUCGGCGUGAUUUUUUCAUCCAAGAAUAAGAGGUGUUCAUAGUACCAUAGUGAUGGCGUAUGCACCUCAUCGUUUCCAGCGCCACUAGUCUUGCUAGCUUCCACCUAAAAUAUGUAAAAUAUCCAAAUUUAUUGUUUACUGAAACCCAUAGUUGUUUUAUUUCUUCAAUAAAGUACUUAGAAUAUAUUA